AUGUUUGUCCCCCUGCCGGUCCCCUUCGUCUUUCAGAGAACAGCGUCCGACUUCAGCGCCUGGAGACUGAAAUCCUCGCUGGCUGCGCGCUCCAGUCCCGAUAUCAAGAUGUCCAAAGCAUCAGGGGAGGAGAAGCCUGCAGCUGCCUACCCCGGGGACAGUUCAGACUCUGACAGAAACAGCCCAGAUGAGCAGGUCCAGACAAUGAAAACCAGUCCCUACAGCCUCUCGCCCACGCCGGCCGGCAGCAAGGGAAAGAGCAAAGAUAACUCAGAGAUGACGCACACCAACGCCGCUCCUCCUCAGCAGCAGCAGCAACACCAUCACACGCAGCUGAUGCUCGCUGGCAGUCAGCUGGCAGGGCUCGCCGCUCUCCUCCCGGCCCAGCAGCAGCUGCUGCUCCAACAGGCCCAGGCUCAGCUCCUGGCGGCGGCCGUCCAGCAGUCCAAUGCCGCCCACGCCGUCCACGCGGCCCACGCCGCGGCGCAGCAGCAGGCCAACCAGCAGCAGCAGCAGCAGCAGAAUGCAUCACAAUCCCAGCAGCAGCAGCAGCCGGUCAAGCAGGAGCAGGCGCCACAGCUGACGCUGUCGCAGCCGAUCCAGCUUACCGCACAGGAUAUCCAGCAGCUGCUGCAGCUCCAGCAGCUGGUUCUGAUGCCGGGUCAUCACCUCCAGUCUCCCGCCCAGUUCCUCCUGCCUCAGCCAGCACAGGCCCAGCAGCCCCAGCAGGGUUUGCUCUCGACACCAAAUCUGAUCCAGCUACCUCAGCAGAGCGCAGGGGGACUGCUGACCAGCCCGCCUCGUAUCGGACUCCAAGCACAGAGGGAGAAGAGCGCUGAUGUCGGCGGCGGCGGCUCGAUGGUUGCCAGCAGCGGCGCUGUGACGUCUGUGAGAGGCUCCUCUGCCUCCAGCAGCGCCAUGGCCUCCUCGUUGACCUCUGGCCUGACCCCGGGCGGCGGCCAGGGACCCAUGGGUGAGGAGCCCAGCGACCUGGAGGAGCUGGAGCAGUUCGCCCGCACCUUCAAGCAGCGACGCAUCAAGCUGGGAUUCACGCAGGGCGACGUGGGCGUGGCCAUGGGGAAACUCUACGGCAACGACUUCAGCCAGACCACCAUCUCCCGCUUCGAAGCUCUCAACCUGAGCUUCAAGAACAUGUGCAAGCUGAAGCCGCUACUGGAGAAGUGGCUGAGCGACGCAGAAACGAUGGCCGUGGACAGCAUGCUGCCCAGCCCGUCCUCCCUCUCCUCCCCCAUGAUGGGCAUCGAGGGGAUGCCCGGCCGGCGCAGGAAGAAACGCACCAGCAUCGAGACCAACGUACGGGUGGCUCUGGAGCGCAACUUCAGCAUGAACCAGAAACCCACGUCGGAGGAGAUCCUGCUGAUGGCGGAGCAGCUCAACAUGGAGAAGGAGGUGAUCCGCGUCUGGUUCUGCAACCGCCGGCAGAAGGAGAAGCGCAUCAACCCGUCCAGCAGCACCACCCCCCCCCUGCCCUCGCAGACGUCGCCCAUCAUGAUGCAGAAAGCCCCCUGCUACAGCCCACACAUGAUAUCGAGUCAGGGUCUGUCCCAGGUCACCAGCAGCCUCAGCACAACAGGCGCCAGUCUGUCGCCGUCGGCUUCCUGCCCCAUGACUCCGGUCAGCGUGGCCGCCAUCUCCUCUUCCGCGACUCCGCCUCCUCACAGCACAGCCAGCCCGGCCCCGCCCAGCAUGGGGACGUCCGGGAUCAACGCCGGGAACACAAUGAUGGGAGUAAGCACAGCGAUGAGCCAGGCCCUCAUUGGCAGUAAUCCCCUGGCCACCAUGCAAGCGCUGGCAGCCAGCACCGGUCAGCUGCCCAUCUCCGGCCUGGAGGGGGGGCCGGGUCACAUGCUCCUGGGGGGCCCAGGGGGGGCCGGCAUGCCCCCGUCCCUCCGCCCGUCUCUGUUCCUCAACCGGCCGGGCCUCCUCCCGAUGGUGACGACCUCCGCCCCCACCAUGGGGCUGGUCAGCAGCAGCGUUGGCGGCUGCGGCCUGAGGCCUUCCUUCUGCCAGUCCCCCCCCGCCGGCGCCGGACACCUCAUGAGCCCCACUUCCUGCCCGGAGGAGUCGGUGUCCCCCUGCUCCAGUCCCGCUUCCUUCUGCUCCUUCAGCGAGGCGUCGCCCCCCGCCCUGGGAGGGGCCAUGGCUGAGUGACCCCCGAACCCCGCCGGAGCCGGGCGAGGAGGAGGAAGAGGAGGAGGACGAGCAUCCAAGGAGCUUUAAAAAAUCCAAAUGUACAACCUCGCCUUUCAACCAAAGCCAUCUCCCUCUCUGAUCCCUCUCUGGUCUUCUCUCCGCGUGUCUCCCCCUCCGAAGACAUCUGAAGCCAAAAAUAAAACCCGGAUGGAUGAGGGGAGGAAGCACCGAGAGAGGAGGGACAGAGAGGAAGGAGAGAACAGCAGAACAAAGGUGGGGAACCUGAAACCAAAUAAUGAGACGGAGGAGCGUUUCCACUCGGCGUUGGGGAAACCAAUGUCACGCUUUUUAAAGGCUGGAGUUAAAAAAAACGAGAAGUUAACGAGGGCAGGGACGAGAACUGUGUGUGAGGAGAGGGAGGCAAAGAAAAGACUUGUUCAACA